UAACAAGUCCUGUGUAUAGCCAUCAGUUGUUUCGCUCCUUGCAGAGCCCGCUUUCGCAUUUCUAUUUUAUCUCACUGUUUUCAUUUCUGGUUUUGAUUUCUGCUCCGCUUCUCAGAUUUGCCGAUCCUACGGCCUAUAUCGCUUCAGUCAUGACUAUGAUGACUCCUCCACCGGUAGAUCAUGAAGAUGAAGAGAUGCUUGUGCCGCAUUCUGAUUUGGUUGAAGGUCCACAACCUAUGGAAGUUGCACAAGCUGAACAAGUUAGUACUGUGGAGAAUCAGCCAGUGGAGGAUCCUCCUUCUUUGAAGUUUGCUUGGACAAUUGAAAAUUUCUCUAGAUUGAACAUUAAGAAGCACUAUUCUGAUGCCUUUGUUGUUGGCGGCUACAAAUGGCGGAUACUGAUAUUUCCCAAGGGAAACAAUGUGGACCACUUGUCUAUGUAUUUGGAUGUUGCCGAUUCAUCUGCAUUGCCAUACGGAUGGAGUAGAUAUGCACAAUUCAGUUUGGCCGUGGUUAACCAAAUCCAUAACAAGUACACUAUUAGGAAAGAUACACAACAUCAAUUUAAUGCAAGAGAGAGUGAUUGGGGUUUUACAUCAUUUAUGCCCCUUGGUGAUCUUUAUGAUCCCACUAGAGGAUAUCUUGUGAAUGAUUCAGUUGUUGUUGAAGCUGAAGUUGCUGUUCGUAAAGUUCUUGAUUAUUGGGCUUACGACUCUAAAAAGGAGACUGGUUUUGUGGGAUUAAAGAACCAGGGAGCAACUUGUUACAUGAACUCUCUCCUGCAGACUCUUUACCACAUUCCAUACUUUAGAAAGGCUGUGUACCACAUGCCAACUACUGAGAAUGACUUGCCCGCAGGAAGUAUUCCUUUGGCUCUGCAAAGUUUAUUCUAUAAGCUGCAAUAUAAUGACACCAGUGUUGCAACAAAAGAAUUAACCAAAUCUUUUGGCUGGGAUACAUAUGAUUCUUUCAUGCAACAUGAUGUGCAAGAACUUAAUAGGGUUCUGUGCGAGAAGCUAGAGGAUAAAAUGAAGGGGACUGUUGUGGAGGGGACAAUACAGCAGUUAUUUGAGGGGCACCAUAUGAAUUAUAUUGAAUGCAUCAAUGUGGAUUAUAAAUCUACAAGAAAGGAGUCAUUUUAUGAUCUCCAGCUUGAUGUGAAAGGUUGCCGGGAUGUUUAUGCUUCUUUUGACAAGUAUGUUGAAGUUGAACGACUUGAGGGUGAUAAUAAAUACCAUGCUGAAGAACAUGGUCUGCAGGAUGCUAAGAAGGGUGUCUUGUUUAUUGACUUCCCUCCUGUCCUUCAACUCCAAUUAAAGCGGUUUGAGUAUGAUUUUAUGCGAGAUACUAUGGUGAAGAUUAAUGAUCGAUACGAGUUUCCUCUUCAACUUGACCUUGAUAGAGAGAAUGGAAAAUAUUUAUCACCAGAUGCAGACCGGAGUGUUCGUAAUCUCUACACGCUUCAUAGUGUCUUGGUUCAUAGUGGAGGCGUGCAUGGUGGACAUUAUUAUGCUUUUAUCCGGCCAACCCUUUCUGAUCAGUGGUUUAAAUUUGAUGACGAGCGGGUGACGAAAGAAGAUGUGAAGAGAGCAUUAGAGGAGCAGUAUGGUGGUGAGGAAGAGCUACCCCAGACAAAUCCUGGUUUUAAUAAUGCUCCAUUUAAGUUCACAAAAUACUCGAAUGCCUACAUGCUUGUAUAUAUUCGCGAAAGUGACAAGGACAAGAUUAUUUGUAAUGUUGAUGAAAAAGAUAUUGCUGAACAUUUGAGGAUUAGGUUGAAGAAGGAGCAAGAGGAGAAGGAAGACAAGAGACGAUAUAAAGCUCAAGCCCAUCUUUAUACCAUUAUAAAGGUGGCACGCGAUCAGGACCUUAAGGAGCAGAUUGGAAGGGACAUUUAUUUUGAUCUUGUGGAUCAUGACAAAGUUCGUAAUUUCCGUAUCCAGAAGCAGACACCAUUUAAUGUUUUUAAGGAAGAGGUUGCUAAAGAAUUUGGUAUACCAGUUCAAUUUCAGCGAUUUUGGAUAUGGGCAAAGCGCCAAAACCAUACAUAUCGUCCCAAUCGACCAUUGACACCCCAGGAGGAAUCCCAAACAGUUGGACAGCUGAGGGAGGUUUCAAAUAAAGCACACAAUGCAGAGUUAAAAUUAUUCUUAGAAGUAGAGGUUGAGCUGGAUUUACGUCCUAUUGCUCCUCCUGACAAAACUAAAGAUGAUAUUCUUCUUUUCUUUAAGCUUUAUGAUCCUGAGAAGGCAGUAUUGCGAUAUGUUGGUAGGCUUUUUGUAAAGAGUUCUGGCAAGCCAAUGGAAAUUUUGGCAAAACUUAAUGAAAUGGCUGGAUUUGCACCUGAUGAAGAGAUUGAACUUUAUGAGGAAAUAAAGUUUGAGCCGUGUGUAAUGUGUGAACACCUAGAUAAAAAGACCUCAUUUCAUUUGAGUCAGAUUGAGGAUGGGGACAUCAUUUGCUUUCAGAAAUCUACUCCUCUCGAGCUUGAAGAAAAUUGCCGAUACCCAGAUGUACCUUCAUUUUUGGAAUAUGUGCACAAUCGACAGGUAGUUCAUUUUCGACUAUUGGAGAAGCCAAAAGAGGAUGAUUUUUGCUUAGAGUUGUCAAAGCUACAUACCUAUGAUGAUGUCGUGGAAAGAGUGGCUCGCCAAAUUAGUUUAGAAGAUCCAUCAAAAAUUAGAUUAACAUCUCACAACUGCUAUUCGCAGCAGCCUAAGCCCCAACCAAUUAAAUAUCGAGGAGUUGAGCAUCUUUCAGAUAUGUUAGUUCACUACAAUCAGACCUCUGAUAUUUUGUACUAUGAAGUUCUGGAUAUUCCUCUUCCGGAAUUGCAAGGUUUAAAGAAUCUGAAAGUUGCUUUCCACCAUGCUACUAAAGAUGAGGUGGUAAUUCAUAAUAUUAGGUUACCUAAACAGAGUACUGUAGGUGAUGUCAUUAAUGAACUUAGAACUAAGGUAGAGCUGUCUCACCCAAAUGCAGAACUUCGACUUCUUGAAGUUUUUUAUCACAAGAUAUACAAGAUUUUUCCUCCAAAUGAAAAAAUCGAGAAUAUAAAUGAUCAGUACUGGACACUGCGUGCUGAGGAGAUCCCAGAAGAAGAGAAGAAUCUUGGUCCCCAUGAUCGUUUGAUUCAUGUUUACCAUUUCACAAAAGAAACUGCUCAGAAUCAAAUGCAAGUGCAGAAUUUUGGAGAACCAUUUUUCUUGGUCAUCCAUGAAGGUGAAAUUUUAUCUGAAGUUAAAGUGCGCAUACAGAAGAAGUUGCAGGUUCCUGAUGAAGAGUUCUCUAAGUGGAAAUUUGCAUUUCUUUCACUAGGUCGUCCAGAGUAUUUACAGGAAUCCGAUGUAGUGUUCACCCGAUUUCAGAGGAGAGAUGUUUAUGGUGCUUGGGAGCAGUAUCUUGGGUUGGAGCAUUCAGACAACACCCCCAAGAGGUCUUAUGCUGUAAACCAGAGCCGUCACACAUUCGAGAAACCGGUAAAAAUAUACAAUUAGGGAAGAGCUGAUGAUCCUCCACCUGCAUAUUAAAGUUGAAUAUGACUCCACGCUAGGAUUUAUCACGGGAAGGAUGAAGCUCUCUACGUAAAAAGUGAUCCUCUGUAGGUGUAGGCAAUCGGUUUUUGUAGGAUCUGUUUUCCCUAUUUGUGGAGGUGUAAUAGGGAAGGAAUGGGAGAGGAGGCCAGCCUCCCUAGUGUAUCGUGUUUUUGUUUUAAUUGUUGAUACAGAUUUGCUUGAGCUCCUCUUCUUUGCUUUCCGUUCCUCCGACUCGCUUCUUUUAGAGAUUGGUUAGUUUACCAAAUAUACAGCUCCAAUGUAAUUUAGCAGUACAUAACAGGAUUUUGGCUAGGGGAUGUAUACGGGGUAUAGUUUGUUGCCGUUUGUUCCUUAUCUGUUUCUCUCUCUUAUUAUUGUUUAGCUUCGGCUUCGGAGAUGGAUGGGCUUGUAAUAUUGUCCAACAGUCUGUCAGGUUUCUAGGCUCUGGAUUUGUGUAAAAGAAUUGUAACUCUUCACUGUCCAGACUUUUUUCUUACAGCGCCUCCGCUUUCUCUGUACAAGCGUUGGUUCCCAUUGUUUUGAACAUCUUGACAUUUUUCAACUAUAAAUUAUUCGUUUUAUUUUGGUCGA